AUGUCCUCUUCAUCAGCUCGUUGGCUCAACCAGUUCCCGCUUAUCUCGGUCGGCCUUGACGAUCCGCCCUCUGGAUCAGCAUUCGGGCAAGACUGCAUGCCCGUACCAGCAUCAUUGCCGAGCUUGCUCGACCCUUCCGCUCUCGCCUUGGAUGACAUGACUGAUUUCGACGAGGUCGAGGUCACGGUCAAUCCUAGCGAUAAUGAUAUAGACCUCAACGCCGCUUUGGAAGGACUAGAAACGUACGCGCCCGCGAAUGGAACUGCCUCUAACUCCGGGUACGGCGGGCACGUUGCGCAACAGUUUGCAUACGAGAACGCAACCAUUUUCGGCCCACAUGACCGGUUGGCUUCCCACUCCACAAUUCUGGGCGACGUACCAGGCCAUACAAACGGAGGACAUAUUCAGCACCGAAACUACCCAACCGGGAAUAGCAUCUUUCCUUCUUCAUGGGAUAGUCGUACCUCCACACGGCCCCUUGCAUGGACGCCAAGCCGUACGCUGCCAUCGGUUGAGGCGCCUUCGACAUUAUCACCUUCCUGGCGGACCCACUCCACACUGCCGUCAGAGGGCGCUGGUUCGCCGAGGUUCCUGCCUGGACAUGAGUUCAUGGGUCGUACUUUAACGUACAAAUCCAAUGAGACCCACCGCGCCGAUUCUCUGGAUCUCAGCGGUGACUCUUCAUACUACAUCACCCAACAGAAUUUCUCUUUUCGUGAUUCCGGUUCUGAUUGGGAGUCGCAAAGGGUUGCGCCGCUACCGGAGGUGACGCCUAUGGUUGCUUCUUGCUCCAUGUACCCGACCACCGCUAGCUCGCCUGCGAGGUCCAAUCAUCGCCGAUCUCCUGGUAGGAGAGGAUCCGUGACAAGAGAGCGUGAUCAACGCCGCUCUCACGGGCUUCAAGUUGUGGGGAAGACGACGUCGUCUGGGGCAUCCAUGAGCAGCCGCAAGCGAAAGAUAGACGACGCCGACAAAGACGAGCAGAACAAGGAUCUCCCUGGUACGGUCGAGAAGGCCUCCAACAACGCAUACGAGAACGAACGCGGUCGCAGUAUCGAAGAGCCGGAAGACCAUUCGUGCCACGAAUGCAAAAAGUCGUUCAGACGAGAGUUUGACUUGAAGCGCCAUAAGAUAUCUGGGAGGCAUGCUCGCCGCGCGGGCACCCAGCCCCAGCGUGUUGAGUGUGAUCAUUGCUUCAAUGACUUCAGCCGCCCAGAUGCGCUUCGGCGGCAUCUCAAAUGCUCCUGCAAGAGGUUUCCGGGAAGCAAGAAAUACGUUGGAGGCACAGAAGGAGACCCUAAUCCGCUGUAG